GAGAGGGGAGACGGUGCAUGGCAAGAGGAACGAGGGGGAGGAAAAAGGAGAAAAUGAAGUUGUUGUGUCAGAGAAGGAACUGAUGGAGACGGAGGAAGCGGAGCAGGUGAAGUCUGAGAGGAGCCUGCAAGCGGAGGAUGAGGCGGCAGCACAGAAUGUUCAGAUGCAAGAUAAAGAGACCGAGAUUAGCAGCGAAACAAUUGUUGAUAAGCGAGCGAGUAAAAAUAAAAAAGUCGCAGAAAAGAAAAUUGCACAGAAAAAGAGCAGGAAGAGGCGAGGCAAGAAGCAAAACGAGCAAGCGAAAACGAGAAAAGGUGGAAAGGAGGAUGUCGGUGUGAUGUUGGAGGAGGAAAAGAAAAGCGAGACGCAGGAAGUCUCGGUGACGGCCUCAGAGGAGAGCUCAAUUCAGUUUGAUCCCUCUGUAGGCCUGAUUAGUAGCUGUGAGCUGUCUGAUCCCGUUUAUCUGGGUAUGGAGGCGACUGGGCUGUACUGCCCCCCGGCCCCUGUUCCAGUGCUGUACCCGGCCCAGCCACCAGUCCCCAUCCAGUCUGCAGCGCCGCCAUCACACGGUGGGACAAAACGACCCCACAGCCCCUCUCAGCCUCACUGUCUCCCCCAGAAGAGCUCCCAGCCGCUCCAGAUAGAGAUAAGUCAAGUGUGCUCCACCCGACGCUCCAUCCGAUGCAGCAACAGAGGCCGAGGCCGGGCGCUCAGCUGUCCUGUGCCGCCAGGGUCCGAAUUGUUGGACUGCAUCCCACUACCACCUGCCCCACGGAAGAAGACACGGACGCUCUACAGUACAGACCAGCUGGAGCAUUUAGAGGCGUUGUUCCAGGAGGAUCAUUAUCCUGACGCAGAGAAGAGGAAGAUUAUUGCUGCGUCAGUCGGUGUCACCCCUCAGAGGAUUAUGGUUUGGUUUCAGAACCGCAGGGCGAAGUGGAGGAAAAGUUGA